CUCAAUCUUGAUCUUAUUAUUAUUACCCACUUGUAACGUUGAAAAUGAUCGAAGGAACCAUAUUGAAACUUUAGAGUUUCAAAAAGAAACCUGGUACACUGAUGCACUUGACUAUUGGUCAAACAAACCAGCAACAAUAAAUGGAGUGUUGGGAGGGUAUGGUAAAGUAGAUAAAAUAGAUACAGAAGGUUCGCGGUUAUUUAUUAGUGAAUAUAUAUAUGGUAAAAAAGGAGCACGUAAUAGAAAAUUAACAUUACCAAGAAUAACUGAAGAAUAUGCAUGUGACUGUGGAGCUGGUAUAGGAAGAGUAACAAAGAAUUUUUUAUCGAGAUUAUUUAAAAAAGUUGAUUUAGUAGAAUAUACACCAAAAUUUAUUGAACGGGCCGAGAAAGAAUUUCUUAAAAAGGAGAAAGAGGAAGGUAAAAUUGGUGAAUUUAUUUGUAAAGGAUUACAAGAAUUUAUACCAGAAGAAAGAAAAUAUGAUUUAAUAUGGUGUCAAUGGGUGAUUGGACAUUUAAAAGACGAUGAUUUGAUUGAAUUUUUUAAGAGGUGUAAAAUAGGUUUGAAACCUAAUGGAUUAAUUGGUGUUAAAGAAAAUGUUUGUGUAUUCGGCUAUCAAUUUGAUGAAACUGAUAGUAGUGUCACUAGAUCGGAUGAAAUUUUUAAAGAUAUUUUUCAAAAAUCUGGAUUAAAAUUAAUAAAAGAAGCAACGCAACAUGGAAUGCCCAAACAAUUAUAUGAAGUUAAAAUGUAUGCACUUGAAUGUGCUGAUGAUCUUGAUCAAGAGGAAUUAAUGCCGAAUGAAUGA